UUAAAUUAAUUGCUAUAAAACUUUGACGUUGCUGUCUCUGCUAGGCUAACUGCUAUUACUGUCAUUAGAUCUCCUGAAUAACAUUGAGUUGAAAGUAAAAAGCGAGCAAGGUCCCCCGGGUCUCACAGAGUCACAGACUCUCAAUCAGCCACAACAUGAAUUUCUUGCACAGGACGCGUCUCAUCACACAGCAGACCCUUACUAAACUUACUAAGUUCGGACAGAGAAAUGGACAAGUGCUUAAUAAGAUUGAACAGACACAAAACUUCUGCAGCAGUGUGCAUUGUCUGAAAGACAACACGCCGUGGAACCUCGGGAAGAUCAAUCACAUUGCCUUAGUUACUCCUGACUUAGACAAAAGUACUGCCCUAUACCGCGAUGUCCUUGGAGGAAAAGUCAGUGAAAAACAGCCUUUGCCAGACCAUGGUGUGACUACAGUGUUUGUUGAGCUCGGAGACACAAAAAUAGAGCUGUUGCAUCCCUUGGGUGAGAAGAGCCCGAUUCAGUCUUUCCUGAAGAAAAACGCAUCUGGAGGAAUGCAUCACAUUUGCAUUGAGGUUGACGACAUUCAGAAAGCAAUGGCUGAUCUGAAGUCCAAAAAUAUCCGGCUGCUCAGCGAGGAACCAAAGAUUGGUGCUCACGGCUAUCCUGUUGUAUUUUUACAUCCCAAGGAUUGUGAUGGGGUUUUGGUUGAGCUGGAGGAGGUCAAAUGACCUGGGAUGAUAAACAGAGAGAGCUCACAUCCAUGUGGAAAUGCAGUGUAAUUUGCUACAAUACAGUGUCCUCAGAAUUACUGUUCAUCUUAGCACUAAUUUUGAUACAGUGAAUCUCGCUUUGAAUUCCUCAGGCCUGACCCUCAAGUUUGUUAUCUGAAACACAAAAUUUGAGGGAUCAUUUUAUAUAAGAAAGAUGUGCGACUAAAGUAAGGACCCUUGAUAAUGAUUAUGAUAGGGACAUCUGUUCUGAAUGUAAUAGGAAAUGAGUGUAAAGGGAAAAAAUCAAUGUUGUAAGGAAAUGCUUGCUUAGGAGGAGCGGCCGUUUCCCUUGAUACGACUCCUGAACAACAGAAUCAGGCUUUGUUCCAAGCAAGACUCAUUUUUUUCUCCUUUUUAUUGGUAUACCAAGAGUGUCCCUGGACUAACGCUGGAACAAAAUGCUCCAGUACUCUGGUAUGCAUAAAAUGUUAGUUAUGUUUCAAAUGAGAGGAUUGUUUUCUUUGUUGUUACACCAAAUGUGCUCUAGUUUAUGGGUGUCUUUGAAAAGCGAAGUGGUAAUGAUCAGGCAACAUUUACUGGACACUGUCCCAACACAUGCUGAGUAAAAAUUAUCGAUUCAUUCAAAGCUCACCUGUGUCGUACGAUGUUGUGUCCUUGGGAAAGGCACUUUACACCAAUUUUUGUCACUUCACCCAGGUGGUAAUGGGUACCCUGCUAUAGACAGCGAAAGAUCUUGCCAGUUUGUGCCUAAUCGGUUGCUUGCACUAUGUGAUUCUAUGCCAGGAAUGUUUUUGAAUGUUCUAGGGUCUGCUGGGGCAAUAAUAUUAUAAGGAAAAACUGAAGCAACAAAAAACACUUGAACUUGAAGAUACCGAUAAAACACUUUUUAAUUAAGUUUUAGUAUGCAUUUUACUGCACUUGCAACACAAUAAGGUCGUAUAGAUUCUCAGUGCCGAAACACUUCUUAGUUCUGGUGUAGUUUUUACAACACCAACAACAAAAAUUCCAGCCAAACGCUGAAUCUUGCACAAAGCUAACGGCAGUGUUCAGGAGCCAUGCCAAACUUUACUAUUUACUUUUCCGAUCCAGUGGCCAUCUGGGUUCUUGCUCUUUUGCCUUUCAAUAUGGCAAAGAAUUUACAGGUUUUUAUCAGCUGUGCUUUGUCGCUAAAGUAUUUCCGAUAUCUGGGGAGGCAGGUAGAUAGGUGCUACGCAGGUUGCUAAGUGUACGACAGGUAAAGAGUGUGUUAUUGUUUAAUCCUGGCAAGCACUCAGGUGGGGUAUCCUUGCGGAUCCUAUUUAGGUAGGAAUUUGGUGGGAUGUGUUGUGUUGGCAGGCGAAAGAUUAUGAAUCGUUCUGAGCCAUGGCAAAGAAAGCAACUACUCAUAUAAGGAAGCAUUUUUGGACCAUCGCAGCGUGGUUUAAGAGCAGUUAUCCCUAUUCAAUAUUGAUCAAUAAUGGUCUUGUAAUUCACUUUUUUUUUUUCAACAAAUACUCGGAUUUGACAAAUUGGAAGCUCCCCCUGACAUCUUCAUUUUAUUUGAAUAAAUAGAAUUUUUUAUCAACAGAAUACACUUUAUUAAUCCCUGGAGGGAAAUUUGGGUUACAAUAGCAAAUAUCAUACAUAAAUAUGCAUUAUAAUUAUUAAACACACAAAUAUGAAUACCCAGUACAAGGAAAACCAAACGCACAAUAUUACACCAGUGUAGGACAAUUUUUUUAGACACGUUACGAGUUUCACUGUGGCAUUUACGGGUUGUUUGAAAUAGUUUAAGGGACAAGUAGCAGUUGCUCAAUCGUGCCUGUAGUAGUUAUGAAAGUGUUAUUUAUAUAAUGCUUAUGUUACUGUCUUGUUUGUGUUGAAGUACUUUCCUGUCAGUUGUACAGAGUUUUUGUUGAACAGAGAAUGAUUUUGUAAUCAGGAGAAAUGAAGAAAAUAAAAGGAGCACCAUCGCCAUCUCUUAAAGUCUUAAAGUGUGUAUUAUAUUUUAUUGAUGUCAUGAAGAUUUACAACAUGCCAUAUAUGUUAUGAAAAUAAAGUGUGCAUUGAAUGAAA